AUGAUCAGAUACUCAGGUUUUUGGUGGCUUCAAAGGUCGUUUAUUUUUUCAUGGAGCGACUGUCUUCAAAAGCUAUGUAACCGCGCCAUUGUAAUAUCCAACAUGGCGACCGCCGGCCCUACGGUCUGGUAUCAGACAGUGCUGAAUGUAAAGCCUAAAUCUCGCGGAGUUCAUGUUAUUACGGACGAAGUAGAAAAAAUACCAGAACUCAAGAAAUACAAGGUUGGCCUGGCUCAUUUAUUAUUGCAACACACCUCGGCAAGCAUAUGUGUGAAUGAAUGCUGGGAUUCUUCUGUGCGCCACGAUAUGGAGAUGAUGUUAAAUCGUCUGGCUCCGGAGCAAGGGCCCCCAUACAAGCAUACUAUAGAGGGGCCUGAUGAUAUGCCAGGUUAAAAAUCUGUAGACUAUUUCUUUCUUUUUUGUUGUGUUAUCCCUAAAAAAUGAUUCAAGGCUAAAAGUUUAGUGUAAGUAAUACUUGCAAAUCAAAGGUGAACCAAUCAGAAAUUUUUCAUAGAAGGAAGGGGGGGGGAGGGGUCAAGGGUCUCCACUAUGAAAGUGGCAGAGAGCCUAUAAAUGCAUGUAUGUGACAUUCUUGCAGAUCAAAAAUGUCAAUCACAUAUACAUGACACAGGACUUGUCAACCCAGCACAUCUUCAAAUGUUGAGAAUUGAUAGGGAAGGGAUGAUAGAUGAUGUCAUAAUGCAUGGCACAAGACGUCAUUCAUGCAAAAAAUGCGCGAAAAAGAUGUUGUUGGAAUUGUAACAUUUGAUCUGAUUGGUUUAAUUCCCACAUAUUGUUGCUUAUAUUACAAUGGUAUACCGGAGUUUGUGAGGAAACAUUUGAUAUUAACAGUAAAAAUAAUAACUCAAACAACACAAAAUAUCUGAAAUUUUAUUGUCAGAAAGUCAAAUCUACAAGAAAUGGCAGACUUUGGCGAUUAUCCAGGAGAUUUCAGACUCUACUCUAGAGACCGGGACAAAUGGUUCAAAAUCUGGAGACUCCCGGAUUAUCCAGGAGAGUUGACAGCACUGAUGACAGUUUCAUGUGCUUAACUCUUAAUUCUCGUCAAUUUAACUUGCACCCAAAAUAGUCCCUGAAAGACUUGAUCUUGGCAAGAUCUCAUGUUUACUAACCUCGAUAAUCUAAGCAAGAUAUGUGUAACCUAAAAAUGAUGGGGCCAAGGCUUUUUGCUUUUCACCACAAAUCAUUGAAAAAUCUUUGUUUUGUUAAGAUGUUGUUGGAAAGUGAUUGCCACUAGAAGUCAUUGAGUUUUUUCAGAAAUUUGGUUAUAAUAUCAUGGAUACGAAAAUCACAUAAAAUUUGACUUAGAAACAGUUGGCAGGUGUAGGAUGCUUAUCAACAAAAAAUUAAAUCCUUAAAAGAGACCAUUACAUUUUGGUUAGUUAAAGUGUAUGAGGAAAGUAGUGGUGUCUCCUUUUUAUUAUCUUAUCUAUCGACUAUGACUUUGUAUUAUGAUUGUAUUUUAACAGCACAUGUCAAGACUGCACUCGUGGGCCCCAGUGUGACUAUCCCAAUCACAAAUGGAAAGUUAAAUCUUGGAACCUGGCAGGGAAUCUGGCUUUGUGAACAUCGGAAUCAUGCAGGAUCAAGGCGAAUUGUAGUAACUCUUCAAGGAGUUCAAUAA